AUGUGCGAUCAGAAUGACGACAUCGUUUUGAUUCAUGACAAAAAUCUGGAGCGGGGACAAUGGCAAGUCGGUCAAAUAACAUCAUCCUCUGACGACUUCCAACGCUCAGCUGAAGUACGAUUGCCCUCAAGAAGACUGAUCACACGACCAAUAAAUCUGCUCUACAAAUUCGAAAUUGAGAAUGGGAAAGGACAUGAAGGUAACCAACCUAAUGCGUCGCUUGAAACUCCAACGCCAACUGAAAAGGGACAUCCAAUGAUGACUAGGUCAAAAACUAUACUCAAAAAUGCUGCAACACUCUUCACAUUCAUUGCCAUCCUCGCGCAUUGUGACACAGUGAAUGCCAAUACAAGAUGCCCAUCAGAACUUACCCUCCAAAAGACUAUCAUUUAUGCUACAAAUUGCGCAAGCCAAGGAGUAGCAGUAGCUAAAUACAAACUCGACGGAAGCGACAAGUUAUGCUGGUUACCCAUCUCUUGCCCCUUCGGAGCAAUACAGAUACCUACAAGGGGGCUGCGGAAGCAACUCAUACGUCAAUGCGAUGCGAUCGAGCAGAUUCUCCGAGACUACAACGUACCUGAAAAAGGUGCGACACUAGCGCACCUAACGACUGAAGAAAUCACCGCUUUCAGGGAAGAGCUCGCGAACGCACAAGAUCAACUGCUGCAGAUCUAUAUCAAAAUCGAGCAAUUGCAUACGGACUGGUUAAGAGCACAGGCAAGCGAUCCGAAGGAAGAAGAAGUGUUCAGACAAUAUGUGGACAAGUACGGCGACUAUACGAAGAAAAUUCAAAGAGCUGUUAGUGUACUUGAGAAUGUGGAUGAACUCAUGAAUACAGUCGAUGCAGACUUUGUCAAACGGCGCCUUCCAACACCAAAGAAGCACGCCGAUACUCCUAAGCUACCGCACCCCAACGGCAAGCAACAAGAAUGGACAAGACCGAGCCAACCACAGACGAACUCGACUCCAACAAUGAAUUUCGUCGAUGCAUCUAUCCUGAGCCGACUGGACCUCCCAUCCUUCGAUGGUAACCUCUUGGAAUAUUCGGAGUUCUUUUCACGGUUUUCAACGCUGAUCGGGAACAAGACGGAGCUAGAUUACACCACCAAAUUCUCUUUCUUGAAGUCAUGCCUAAAAGGACGAGCCUUGUACUCCAUUGAAGGACUCACACUGACCGCCUCCAGCUACCAUAUUGCACUCGACAUCCUGAAAACUCGGUAUGACGACAAGGUAACAACACGCCAUAUACUAUUCAGCCAACUAGCGAAUCUACCACAGUGUGACCAUGAAGGCCGAAAUCUCAACAGGAAAUAA